GACGGACUCCCAAUUUUUUUUUUCUUUAGAUGCGGUAGCGGAAGUUUGUUUGGUACCUGGCCGCCCUAGUGCACCUGCGCAACAUCCCCGCUCUUUGAGUCCAGCUUUCAAUCCCUCCAACUCGAAGCUCCUCAUCUGAGUCCGGAGUUUGAAGAAAAAAAGUCCAUUGCCACACUCCAUACCUGUCUUUAUCGCCUUUCCCUUUUCUUGUGUAAACACAGAGAAGGUCAAUUGGGACAGGUGCAAAGCAUUUCGAGGACUACCAAGCUGUGUCCGUAAAAUAAAUAAAAAAAAACCCCACGAGCUGCGUCACCAUUCAUAUAGCCAAAACCAUGUCUCCCACCGCAACAAACGGCGACGGCGCCAAAGGUUCCAACCCGACCGGCGGCCUCUCGGCCAACGACAAUAUCCGCCGCUUCCCUGCGCCGAGCAGACCUCUUAGCCCUCUGCCCAACCACGCUCUCUUCAACGACAAGACACGAUGCUUCGUCUACGGUCUCCAGCCCCGUGCUGUCCAGGGCAUGCUUGACUUUGACUUCAUCUGCAAGCGCUCCACUCCAUCAGUUGCCGGUAUCAUCUACACUUUUGGUGGCCAGUUCGUCAGCAAGAUGUACUGGGGCACCAGCGAAACCCUCUUGCCUGUUUACCAAGAGGUUCAGAAGGCGGUGGCCAAGCACCCCGAUGUCGACACAGUAGUGAACUUUGCGUCGUCUCGCAGUGUUUACAGCUCAACUCUGGAGCUCAUGGAGUACCCCAACAUCAAGACUAUUGCCAUCAUUGCUGAGGGUGUCCCUGAGAGGCGAGCUCGUGAGAUCGCACACAUCGCGAAGAAGAAGGGCAUCACCAUCAUCGGCCCCGCAACCGUUGGUGGCAUCAAGCCUGGAAGCUUCAAGAUUGGUAACACUGGAGGUAUGAUGGACAACAUCGUUGCCUCGAAGCUUUACCGCAAGGGAUCUGUUGGUUACGUCUCCAAGUCAGGCGGUAUGUCCAACGAACUUAACAACAUCAUCUCGCAAAACACCGAUGGUGUCUACGAGGGUGUUGCCAUCGGUGGUGACCGUUACCCCGGUACUACCUUCAUCGACCAUCUCCUGAGGUAUCAGGCCGACCCCGACUGCAAGAUUCUCUUGCUCUUGGGUGAGGUCGGUGGUGUUGAGGAGUACAAGGUCAUUGAGGCAGUUAAGGAGGGCGUCAUUACCAAGCCUAUUGUUGCCUGGGCCAUCGGAACCUGCGCAAGCAUGUUCAAGACAGAGGUCCAGUUCGGCCACGCCGGUUCCUUUGCCAACUCGCAGCUCGAGACUGCUGCCACCAAGAACAAGUCUAUGAAGGAGGCAGGGUUCUACGUUCCCAACACCUUUGAAGAACUCCCCGAGCUUCUCUCUUCCCUUUACCAGAAGCUCGUCAAGGAUGGCACCAUCAAGCCUCAGGCAGAGCCUGCUGUUCCUAAGAUCCCUAUUGACUACUCAUGGGCUCAGGAGCUCGGUCUCAUUCGUAAGCCUGCAGCCUUUAUCUCGACUAUCUCGGAUGACCGUGGACAGGAGCUUCUGUACGCUGGUAUGCCUAUCUCGGACGUUUUCAAGGAGGACAUUGGAAUUGGUGGUGUCAUGUCUCUUCUGUGGUUCAGGCGCCGUCUCCCUGACUACGCCUCCAAGUUCCUCGAGAUGGUUCUCAUGCUGACGGCCGACCACGGUCCGGCUGUCUCUGGUGCCAUGAACACCAUCAUCACCACUCGUGCUGGCAAGGAUCUCAUUAGCGCCCUUGUUUCUGGUCUUCUCACCAUCGGAUCCCGAUUCGGUGGUGCUCUGGACGGAGCUGCUGAGGAGUUCACCAAGGCUCACGACAAGGGUCUCAGCCCCCGUGAGUUUGUCGACCUUAUGCGCAAGCAAAACAAGCUUAUUCCCGGCAUUGGCCACCGUGUCAAGUCACGGAACAACCCUGACUUGCGUGUUGAGCUUGUCAAGGAGUACGUGAAGGCAAAAUUCCCUAGCUGCAAGCUUUUGGAUUAUGCUCUGGCUGUGGAGACGGUGACCACCUCCAAGAAGGAUAAUCUCAUUCUCAAUGUCGAUGGCUGCAUUGCCGUCUGCUUUGUUGAUUUGCUCCGCAACUGUGGUGCCUUCAGCGCCGAGGAGGCCGAGGACUACCUGAAGAUGGGUGUGCUCAACGGUCUGUUCGUCCUUGGUAGGAGCAUUGGUCUCAUUGCGCACUACCUUGACCAGAAGAGGCUGCGUACUGGUCUUUACCGCCACCCGUGGGAUGACAUUACCUACCUGCUCCCCACUCUUAGCCAAACCCAGCCGGGUAACGAGGGUCGUGUGGAGGUUCAAAUUUAAGAAGGGAUUUUUCUUUGCGACUUGAAUCGCGUUAUGUUUUUUUUUUGGUCAAAAUCAUGCGUUACGUAGAAUCGUGGAUGAGGGGGAUGGCUCGCCCCCAAACGGCACUCAACAACCUGGUCGAUGCUUUUUUUGAUGUUUCGGACAGAAUUGAUAAAAGCAAGAAGUGUACGAGCUAUGCCUCUUUAGCAGGAUUUAAUAGGGUCAUUUUGAGCACAAAUAACAACCGGGCAUCAUGAAAAACCGAUUACUCAAA